AUAUUUUUAAAGAUUCGAGUUGCUUACGUGUGCCUGGUGGAGAGUUUAUAUGCUCCCCUUUUCCUUUGAUCAGAUCCCAAUCGUUCUGUUCUCCUUCGAAUCAUCUCUUUCCUAACCCCCAUUUUACUUUGCUUUCUCCAUCGCCACCAAUCCACACGAAAAUAAAGGAGAAUGGCUGGUGGCGGAAAGGUGUCCUUUAAAGUCACUCUUACUUCUGAUCCUAAGCUCCCCUUUAAAGUGUUUAGCGUUCCAGAAGCAGCCCCUUUCACUGCCGUUCUUAAAUUUGCCGCUGAAGAAUUCAAAGUGCCUCCCCAGACCAGUGCUAUCAUCACCAAUGAUGGAGUUGGAAUCAAUCCUCAGCAAAGUGCAGGGAACGUCUUUCUUAAACAUGGUUCUGAACUGCGCCUGAUUCCUCGUGAUAGAGUUGGAGCUUCGGGGACAUUUUAAGGCUGUGCAUUUAUCAGAGUGAACACGAGUGCUCUACUUUCUCUAUUUAAUUUUAGUCAAUCUUUUAAAUAGUUCUACAUGGUAUGAAGUUUGGAGCAUUUUCAACCUAGUUUAAUAUAUGUUAAAAGCUCUAUGAAUAUUGAAAUGUUGAUGGAAGAAAUUAUUAAUAAAAAGUUAGAUAAUAAUAAUAACUAUCAUUAUAAAUAGUUA